AUGCCUUCAAAAGACCGUGACGUCGACUUGGACUCUGUCGCCGACGAGGGCCACCGCGACAGGACCCGACACUCCAAGUCGGAACGGAGCAAAACAGAUCGAGACAGGGACAAGGACAAGGACAAGGACCGUCAACGCGAACGUCGUCACCACCGAUCUUCCAGGUCCUCGGCUUCGCGCAGUAAGCUUGGCACAGAUGACAGUGAGGCCUCUACCAGGCGGCAUCGCGACAAGGAUCGAGACAGAGAUCGUAAAAGAGACGAGGACAAAGACAAAGCUGACAACGAGCCCCGAGAGACAAACGGUUCCGCCAGCGAUAUAACCGCAGAAGCCUUCACCCUCGACAGGCCACGCAUCUCUAUGCCCUACCCAAGCUUCAGCAAGGCACACUGCAAGGAAGCUGUCAUGAGCCGUGACGACUUGGGUGGCCGACAAAAGUCGAGCCUUUCAAACCCCCCAACCCCUGAACCCACCGACAUUGGCGAGAAGGACAGGAGGUCAAGGUCCGCAGAACUGCACAGAACAUCGUCCACCGCCGACAGAGGCUCCAGACCACCCACCCCUCCCGAGACCGAUGUCUCUGCAGACAAGAGGAGGGCUGCUGAUGAUAUCAAGGGCCCUAGCGGUGGUCGCUCCAGGUCUACAGCCUCUGCCCUUCCCAGAUCCGCAUCCCACAACGAUGAUCGAUCCAAAAUCAGCAGAAAAUCUGCUUCGUCCAGCCAAGCUACCUACAUCAAAACACGCGAGCACAAAACACGCGAGCACAAAUCACGCGAGCACAAAUCACGCGAGCACAAAUCACACGAGCACAAAUCACACGAGAAACUUCGUUCCUCUGGCUCCGUGAGGUCAAGUUCGUCACGCCAUUCUACGAGGAGAUCGGACUCUACUAGGUCUAGUUCCCAGAGGGUAGGGUCUCGAGACGAUGGAUCCUCGCCGUCGAGCGUCCCAGAUUCCUCCCCGCAAACGCCAACCCAGUCUGCAAGGUUUCCCUCCCAUAUGUGCGACGAUGGCAAGCACCCAGCUUCAACCGACCUUGUGGACAGCGAACCGGCCUUCUCAUCAAAGACGGCGACGCCAGCUUCCAUGCCCGGCCCUCCUCCUCCGCCACCUCCUCCGCCCCCAGCAAUCGAUAUCCACGACAUCCCUCGGGUCGACUAUCUGCUACAAAAUGGCGGUCUGCCCUACCCCGUCCCUCGACACUUUUUAUCAGUUUUGCCCCUUCAGAACACAUCUCGAACAUCGAACCCCCCUUUGACUGGAUCCGACGUAUUGUUUGCGCCGUUUCUCAACCUACUUGACCAAUACUCCAACGUUUUGGUCAAGCAAGGCUCCAUCGCAGUCGCAACGGGCCACCGAUCGGUCGCUCGCCGUUUGUUGGACAGGUUGGAAAAUGUCUUCUCACGGGACUUGCCGCCGCACGGCUGCGCAUGCGUCAUGUGCGAUCGAUCUCAUGAGAUACACAAGGGGCUUACAUGGGGUGAUGUGCUGGAAUGGGUCAGUGGGCGCAUUGAACUGCCAGACUGGCCGCCGUUUGACCUAGCUGAGAUCGGAACCAAAGCCGCCGAGAUCUCGGCAGAGGCGCCGCCACGGCCUGCAUCGCCCGUGAAAAUGGAUCCGGACAUCGCAGAAGAGUUCAGAGAACACUACCUUCGGCAGUCAAAGAAGGUCAGGUCGGCGGUGGAUAGGUGGCUGAACAAUACGAGCGAAACUCCGGCGCCACCCCCCCAAGACGUGGAUGAUGAGACGCUUGCAUUUGCCAUUCUGACAAACAUGGACGUUGGUGACCGCCCAUUCUUCAACGCUCUGCUUUCUGGAUCCCGGGAAUUGAAGCCAUCGACAAGAGCGCCUACGCCAGUCCACAGGCCCCGGAACGACUUCAUCGUCAAGUCCGGCCUGUCCCUUCAACGCCUGUAUCGUCUGCCGCAGGUCCCCCGAGAUGCCGAAGCCGCCAGCUACUUGGUCAAGAACCCUCACACGCACGAUUUGCUCGUCACUAUUUCAAGUAUUAAUAACGCGGAGUGGGAGAUUUUAACUUCUGGCCGGUUCGACGGCUUCCUCUGGUCAGGGGCGGAUGCAGAUGACAUGCCUGCCGGGCUUGAAUCUCGUGCUGAAACGCCGGCAAGCGGCUUUUUUGGCUCCCGAUGCUCAGCGAGCCCGCAACCCAGAGGGCCAUCAGCCACGGGAUCCAGGACUACGACCCCAUUCUCGCCAUACUCUCGCGGCGCGACGCCUGCAUCUUUUGUUAGCUUGGCAUCUUCUGGGGUCCAGGGAAGUAACAGACAGCCCGUGUCAAAUGACGAAGAAAUGGAAAUGGCAGCUAUUGCUGAGAUCGAACGAGAGAUUUACGCAGGCAUGGAGAGUUUGGAAGACGCGUUUGAAAAACUGCACCAAAAAGCAGAGAUGGUACGAGCAGCUUUGCGGCAGCGAGGAGCCGCCCUCAUGCAGAACUUGCAGAGCCGUCGUCGCAUCGAUGUGCUACCCACCCCUGGAUCCGGCAACUCUCAGCACUCGGGAUACGAGCGGCCGGCAUGGGCUGUCGGCAGUGACGUCGAGGGUGCCAGUGACGAUGACUGGGCCAUGGACGACAUGGACAUCAUGCCUGACGAUUCUGCCAGCAACAUCAGCAGCUCAAGACAUCGACGACCCAAGCGCCGCACCGAGCGUCGCACGCCCGCCCCAAUUGAAGAGGACGAGGAAGAAUGA